UUGGUCCAACGAGACGCAACACCCACCUCAGCACUCAUCCAACAUGGCUGGCCAGGAAGAUCCAGUGCAGAGAGAAAUCCACCAAGACUGGGCCAACCGGGAGUAUAUCGAAGUGAUCACAAGCAGCAUCAAGAAAAUAGCCGACUUCCUCAACUCUUUUGACAUGUCAUGUCGAUCUCGUCUGGCUACGCUCAAUGAGAAGUUGACGGCCUUGGAGAGGAGAAUCGAAUAUAUUGAAGCAAGAGUGACGAAAGGAGAAACCUUGACUUAAACAUCAUUAUGGAACAUCGCAACAUCCCAUUGCUACUUUU